CCAACCACACAAAAAAAGGGAGAAAAAUAAGAGCGCGCACGCACGCAUCGCCUCCCACAAAAAUCCACCCGUUUUUCUUUCCGCGAUCCCGUGCGCAUCUCACCGCAGGCUCAGCCUCGUCGACCACCGCGUUCGCCAUGGCCGACUCCGCCGCCGCAUCCUCCUCCCUCCCGCGCUCGCUGGCGUCCAGGAGGCCCCUGCCCUCCUCCCCUCUCCGCGGCGGCAGGCCCCGAUCGCCCCGCUUCGGGUCCCGGUCGCUCCACCGGCUGCGAGCACGAGCGGGGAAGGACGACCCCGAGGAUCUGUAUGGGCCCUACCCGUGGGAUCAGUCGCUGGAUCUCACCACUGGCCUCGAUAUUCAGUGGGUGACCGAAGAUAGAGUAACACUGUUCACUUCUGAUGGGCUCGUUCAAAUAGGCGGUUCUUUGGUUCCUCGUCGAGUUACUCCUUCAGAGAAGAGGCAACGGAAAGUAAAAGGUAUACAAAAUAUCCGCCGGUUUCAGGAGAGCUCAUACAUGGACCCAAAUCAAAGUCUUUGCCUUGGAGCACUAUUUAACAUAGCAGCAACAAAUGGUCUAGAUAUGGGUAGAAGACUAUGCAUCUUUGGCUUUUGUCGCUCUAUCGAAAUGCUAAGUGAUGUAGUGGAAGAUACAGUACUGGAGCAUGGUGGUGAGGUUGUCACGGCAGAGAAGGCAAGCAAAGACGGCCUCCAGGAGAAGUUAACUAUGUCUGUUGCUGUGCCAUUGUUGUGGGGUGUUCCUCCAGCAUCAGAGACCCUCCAUGUCGCGGUGCGGAGCGGUGGAGGCAUUGUGGACAAGAUAUAUUGGCAAUGGGACUUGUUUUAAAAGCCCAGAGCCGUCCAGACAUUAACAAUCCAUCCCACGGUGUAAAUACUCAUUCAGUCUAAUUCGCUGCUCACAUUGUGUCAGCAAUUCUGAAUUGUGCAUAAACAAAAAAUACUGUGAUCUACACUUGUACAGACUUGGUCACACCCCUGCAUAUAAAAAAAACCCUUGAGUUAACAGCUCAUCUUUACCUUUU